CCGGCCCCGCCGCCCAUGGCCGGAACUCGCUGGGUGCUCGGGGCCCUGCUCCGAGGCUGCGGCUGCAACUGCAGCAGCUGCCGGCGCACGGGCGCCGCCUGCCUGCCGCUCUACACGGCCGCCGGCGCCUUCCCCGCGGGCGUGUCGGGCCGCCGCCGCCUGCUGCUGCUGCUCGGGGCGGCCGCCGCCGCCGCCGCCCAGACGCGGAGCCUGCAGGCCGGCCGCCUGGUGGGGCCGCCCCCGCCGGCUCCGGCCGGCUCCGUGGCCGCGGCAGCCGCCUCCUUCCAGGCCCUGCGCGGGCCCCUGCUGGCCCCCGCCGUCCCCGCCGCCGCGCCUCCGCUAGGCCGCGGCUACAGCCAGGAGUCUAAUACCUAUCUGGAAGCCCUCCCCCCACUCUCUGAGUAUGACCCAGCUUCACCCAAGUUAGGAGAUGAGGAAGAUGACAUCUAUCUCAUUCGAGCCCAAGGAUUGCCAUGGUCCUGCACUGUGGAAGAUGUGCUGAAGUUUUUCUCUGACUGUAGAAUCCGAAAUGGUGAGCACGGGAUCCAUUUUCUCUUAAACAGAGAUGGGAAACGAAGGGGAGAUGCAUUAGUUGAACUGGAGUCAGAGCAGGAUGUGAAGAAGGCCUUAGAGAAACACCACCUGUACAUGGGCCAGCGCUACGUAGAAGUUUAUGAAAUAAACAAUGAAGAUGUGGACGCCUUAAUGAAGAGCCUGCAGGCCAAGUCGAGCCCCGUGGUAAACGAUGGCGUGGUCCGUUUGAGAGGACUUCCGUACAGCUGCAGUGAGAAGGACAUUGUGGAUUUCUUUGCAGGUCUGAGUAUAGUUGACAUAACAUUUGUCAUGGACCACCGAGGGAGAAGGAAAACAGGGGAAGCCUACGUGCAGUUUGAAGAACCGGAAAUGGCCAACCAAGCUAUGCUGAAACACAAGGAAGAGAUCGGGAACCGGUACAUAGAAAUCUUCCCGAGCAGAAGGAGUGAAGUCCGAACACACGUUGGAUCCCACAAAGGAAAGAAAACAGGGCCUUCCCUGGCCAAGUAUGGGACUGAACCAGAAUUGAACUUUGAAGAGCCUGAUGGGAGUGAGGAGCUCCGAUCAAUCACCGCGUUUGAAAAUGAAAAGGAAAUGGAAUUACCCAAGGAGGCCCCCGAGAAGACUCCUGAGGCUGCUGAUUUUGGAACCAUGCCUUCAGUGCAUUUCGUUCACAUGCGAGGACUGCCUUUCCAGGCUAAUGCUCAAGACAUUAUAAAUUUUUUCGCUCCGCUGAAGCCUGUUCGGAUCACCAUGGAAUACAGCUCCAGCGGGAAGGCCACGGGAGAAGCCGAUGUGCACUUCGAGACCCAUGAGGAUGCCGUGGCGGCGAUGGGCAAGGAUCGGUCCCACGUGCAGCAUAGGUAUAUUGAGCUGUUCCUGAAUUCUUGUCCAAAAGGAAAAUAGAGUUUCCAGGAACAUCAUUGAAUCCAUAUGACAAGGAUGAAGCAAGAAGCAUUUCAUUUGCACACCUAUCUUGGACAUGGAAUCCAGAGUUUUAUCAGCAGCUUUGUCUAGGAAAAAAAUUUUUUUUGUGGGGGGGCGUGGGGUGUGGGGUUUAAUAGCUUUUAAGAAAUAUUCCAUAGCUGACUGUUUAGAAAGAAGAUUCAGUUUGGGAUUAUGAAAUAAACCACCCAUUUAAAUUUUUGUUUAUACUGUCUAGGAUCUGAUUGAAAAUCUGAUCUUUAUUCGUAUGCCCACACAGCUUGAUGGGGAGAGCAGACCUAACCCAGCUACUCUUCAUUUUUAUUCAGUUAACCUUGUUUUUAUAACUUAGACAAAGGUUUUGUUCUCUGUGGAUGGAGAACCCUGAGGCAGAACUCCUAGUUUGAAGGCUGUAGUUGUAGCAAAGUAUUGACGACUGCAACCAGACACUCACCAAAGCAGGGAAAGGUUUCUGAACUUGGGGGAAGCAGGGUAGGUAGUCUUCAGGUAUAACCAUAACCAGUCAGGAGGGGUGGGAACCCCAGCUGACAACAUACCUGGUUGUUAGUGGAAGCCGGUUUUCUUAAUAUAAAUGUUGUGGUCCCUUAAGCCUUAUGAUAUCUAACAUUGGUGCCUGGUGAAUUUACAUGGUAAUUAAGCAGUGCUAUAGGUUAAGGGAAUCUUAACUUCAUCUUAAAGGUGCCUGAACUCUAAAAAAAAAUGCACACCCCUCGUGGGGUCAGUUUUGAACCAAGUGAAACAACAGAGCUCACAAGUCCGGAGCGUGGAGGGCAGCGGCUUUAGGCGAGCUCUCCGUCUGCCUGCGUCAGCACCUCCUGAGCAAAGCUCGCCUUUGUCGUUCCCAACAUCCGUCCGUCCAUCCAUCCUCCUCCCCUCCAUAAGCACAGGUGCAUGCGUGCGGUCCCAAAGCUCGGUGCAGUGCCUUGCUUACAUGAAGCAUGGACUGGAUCAGUCCCAGGAAGGCUUGUAGAUAAAGCUGUGCUCCUCACACUGUGGCAGUAUUUUCUGGUUUACUCUUUUAAAUAGCUCCUUCACUUAACCCAUUCAUAGCCGCCAACUCCAAAGUUUUGUGCUUCACCUAAGUCGACGUGCACCCGUCCAGGUGAAUCCAAGUGCUGUAUGCUUUCCCCUCCCCCUUGCUGCGCCUCUUCUCAGGAUGACAGUCAGCUAGUUUACCAGGAGAAGCAAUCAAAUUUCUGAAAACUAAUUACCCCAGGACUGUGGGAGAUGGUGUCUGGAAGAGGGGAGCUUUGUCUUCUCUCACAUAAUACAUUACCAUAUGUAAUUACCAGCUAAAAAUAUCAAAUCACUGGACUGUAAAGUUAGUCAAUAAAUGAAGGCUUAUUUCAGA